AUUCUAGAUGAGAUUUAAAGAUAAGCUUAAGAAAAAAUAAAAACAGAAAAUGAAAAAGACUGGUGGUGGAGGCAGCCAUGCAAAAUGGAGCCCACCAGAAUCUACUCUAUGACCCAGCAUACGUGGCAUCCAUCUAGAAUUUAUAUAUAUUCCAUCCCCAGUUUCCAAAACCUUCCUCUCUUCUCUGCCCUCACUUUGUUCAUCAACAACCUCUCAACAAAACAAAACAAAACAAAAAAUUCCCUUCAUUUACCCUAAAAUCCUCAAUGUACCCCUUUGUGUUCACAUUAUUUUAAAUGUCGGAGGAACACGGCGGAGGAAUGGCGGCACACGACAACGUCGGGUCAAAACGCCACCGUCGACCCAGCGUCAGGUUAGGCGACAUUGGUGGUAACCAUUUUUCUAACAAGGCUUCCAAGAAUCUAACUCUUGCCCUAGUUGAUACUAACACUAAAGAGAAUAGCAGUUCUAGGAAAAAGAUGAAUAAUUGGAGUAAUGUUGUUGAUGAGGAUGAUAACAGAGAUGUAAAUUUGGAUGAUGUUGCUAUUGGUAGUUGGAAAAUUAAGAGCUUGAAAUCCAAGAAAGGUACAGUAACCCAGAAAAUCAGGUCUGGUUGGACUACCAAAGCUAAUGAUAAAAUGGUCAGUGUUACUGAUGUUCAAGAUUUGGAGAAUAAUGAAAAUUCAGGAGAUAGUCCACUUCAUUCCUGUGACAAUAAUCACAAGAUUAAUGAUAAUUUGAACAUGGGUAUUGACAUUGAUAGUAGGACUUGGAAAAUUAGGAGUUUGAAAUCCAAGAAAGGCACAGUAACCAAGAAAAUCAGGUCUGGUUGGGGCUCCUCCAAAGCUAAUGAUAGUGAAAAACAUGACAAAAUACUUAGUACUACUGAUGUGGAAGAUUCAGGACAUAGCCCCGUUCAUUCAUAUGACAAUAACAAAAUUAAUGAUAAUGUGAACAUGGGUGUUGACAUUGUUGAUAGAGGAAUUGGUAAUGUGAAUAGUAGGAAGAGUGUAGGAACUAGGGUUUCUGAGGAGGGCCCCACUGAUACUGAGAGGAAUGGGGUUAAGGUAUGGUUGAAUCAGUUGGGACUUGGACAGUAUUCAUCACUGUUUGAGAUUCAUCAGGUUGAUGAUGAGGUUUUACCAAUGCUAACAUUGGAAGAUCUUAAGGAUAUGGGAGUUAAUGCAGUUGGAUCGCGAAGGAAAAUGUAUUGCUCAAUUCAGAACCUCAAUAAAGGGUUCUCGUGAAUUUCUAUCAAAGAAAGAGUGGAGGGGUAUGGCCUUGUAGGGCUUUUGUUAGCUUCGUAAGCGCCUAUUGAUGAAAUCUUGCGAGACGUUAGCAUUACUUGCAGCUUAACCUCGCAAUUUUGCAGAUUUUGUGUUUCUUUGUAGUGUAGGUGCAAUUCUGAUAUACUAGCUUGGGUUUGUAGUGUACAGUGCUCUAACUGUUGGUAGCAUCUUUGUUAGUUUGGUCCUAAAUAGAUCAAAGCUUUGAGACCUGAAAAAUAAAUAUGCAUCAUUCAAAAAAACGAAUGGUAGUUACUCUUUCUGUUUUCCUAUAAAUUUGAUGUCCAAUCUUCACUUCACAGUCUUAUUUAAGCGGAUCUUAUUUGGUUGCUAAUGCGCUUUGCUGCUACUUUUGAGAUGAUCUUGGGUUGAGCCAUUGGCAUCCUUUCCUUUCUUAAGUACCUGCAGCAUUGUGAAUUGUAUCUUUAAUUUAUUGUAGUAAGAGGAGCUCUAGAGAACAUUUGUUUUAUGAUAAGGUAAAAUAAUUUUAUGAUGAUGGGAAUGAGCUGUAGAGAACAUUCCCUUCAACCAUUAUCUAAUGUCUGCUUAAAUUUGUUUCAGUAGCCAAUUUUGUACAUUGUGUUGCAGAAUUUUGGUUAUUGGCGGUUUCAUACAUUGUCCGGUCUACAUCACUUGUGUGAAAAUAAUAUUCUGAGAGUGAUCUUAUGAUGGUUUGUAGUUCCUGUGUUCUUGUGCUUAUGAAUGUCCUUGUC